AUGGAUGAGCACAGGGCCAAACGGUUGAAGACAUCUGCAGAGCCGACAGCAAAGGCCAGUUCUACAGAGGCAGAGGAGUCAAACGAGGACACGGAUUUCAAGCUGGCCAUGCUGGCAUCACUCUAUCCUGAUAAGAGCCCCGAAGUCCACCUCGACUACUUGUUAGCAUACAAUGGGAGUUAUGAGAAGGCGGCUGCGGCGCUUUCGGGCGCACUCGAGCGGCCGGUGAAGCGCAAGACAAUUGGCUAUCAAUCGUCCUUGACCUUCUUCGCAAACAGUGGCAACACGUCGUCACAUUCUUGCUCGAAGCAGCAGCUGCCCCAAAAGGGCAAGACGUUACAUCUCUACGACCCGAUGGACAUUGAAACCAAUACACCAUGCUCGAUCAUCCACAAUUUCCUCCCAGCCGCCCAAGCUGAUGCCUUGCUGCGAGAGCUCUUGGACGAAGCGCCGAGCUUUGAACGGGGCACCUUCCAGCUCUUUGGGCGGACCGUCCAGAAUCAUUCGACGUUCAAAUUCUACUUGGACACUCCAGAGGCAGUGAAGGACCAGCAGACGAACUUCUUCUACGAUGGUAGCGUGUAUGAGUCUGGGGCGCUGAAGCAGACUACGCCUGAAAUGCUCAAGGUCUCUCAGAUUGUGAAGAAAACCGUAAACGAAGAGGUCGAGCGGCGGAUGCGAGACUACCAGACAGAUGGCAAGAAGCUAAAAUUUCAGUCACCGGAAACCUGGGAGCCGAACGCGAGUUUCGUAAACUGCUAUGAUGGCAGCAAGGAGAGUGUAGGGUAUCACGCGGACCAGCUUACCUAUCUGGGUCCUCGAGCGGUAAUCGGUAGCCUGUCGUUAGGCGUAGCCAGAGAGUUCCGCGUAAGAAGGAUUGUGCCUCCAUCUACAGAUGACUCGAGGAUUCAGGCGGACGAACAGGGACAGAUUGCCAUUCACUUGCCGCAUAACAGUCUGCUCGUAAUGCAUGCCGAGAUGCAGGAGGAGUGGAAACACUCCAUAGCCCCAGCGAAGUCGAUUGAUCCCCAUCCACUGGCUGGCAAUAAGCGAUUAAAUGUUACCUACCGAUGCUACAAAGACUAUCUGCACCCAAAGUACACACCCAAGUGUAAGUGUGAUGUGCCCAUGGUUCUGAGAUGUGUGCAGAAGAGAGCCGUGACCAGAGGAAGAUAUAUGUGGCAAUGCUUUGCGAAUUACCAGGCCCACUCCAAGAAGGACUGUGGAAUGUUUGUUUGGGCGGAACUGGAUGAGGAUGGAAAGCCGCCUUGGUACGAGGGCUACAAGGGCAACGCUAAUGUACCAUUGCAGCAUGUCAGCACGACUUGA